AUGGACUCACACUGGCACCUCCUCCCCCCAGACCUACUGGAGCUCCAAAUCGGCCAAAUCGACCUCCUCCUCGCCAUGUACCCCGACGACCUCACCCUCUCUGACGCCGCGCACUCGACCCUCUCCGUCCUGCGCAACGGCGAUGCAGAAAAAAGCCAAGAAGCCGUGACUUGCACUCCAAGCAUCUCAGCCACCCUGGACCUCUCCAUUUCUCCUCCCCCGGAAACAAGUCCACAAGCGAGUCCACAGACCCUCCGCUUACACCUCACCAUCCCAUUUGCCUACCAAAGCGCCGCUACCACCACCACCACCCCCACAGACCCACCCCCAGUCAAAGUCCGCGUCCAACAACCAACCUGGCUGAACAAGGCCGAAACGCAAUCUCUUACGUCUUCGCUGCCAAACCCCGACGACCUGCUCGACACGCUCAAUUUGAUCCUCGAAAAAGCCAGCGCGCACCUCUCUUCUUCUUCGUCUUCUUCGCCUUCGCCCUCCCCCUCCCCUCAAUCAUGCUCACCCCUAGUCCGCGCCUGGUUCCUCUUCCCCUCGAUAAGCACGCGCUCCAAGCGCCUCGACCUGACGACGCACGCGCCGCGCUACGCCCUCACGGGCUUCCUGUUCGCGGGCAAACCGGGCCUGCUCUGCGUCGAAGGCGCGUCUGCAAAUAUAGAUGCGUACAUGCGGUUUAUCAAGACGGAGUCUUGGGGCGAUAUCCCCGCGUAUCAGAAGAAGGUUAGUGAGAGGUGGAGGGAGGUUGGGGUGCAGGCGAGGGUGUUUGAGGGGAUGGAGGAGAUUACGGAUGCGGUGGGGGAGAGGAGGGGGGAGAGGGGGAUGAGGGGGGAUAUGGGCGGGUUGGAGGAGUGGUUGGUUAGGCGGGGGGUGGGAGAGGCGUUUGCGAGGGUUUUGAUGUAG